AAUGUGUCCCUGCGGCGGCCUUACUCAUCCCUGCCAAAACUUUUUCUUGCACAUAGUUCAUGCAAGAGAUCAUCUCUCCAGAGGGACUUCGCAUCGAUGGUAGACGCGCUAACGAACUACGUAGAAUAAGAUGCCAAAUGGGCGUCUUGGCAAACGCAGACGGAUCCUCUUACUAUGAACAAGGAAACACCAAGGUCAUAUGCGCAGUCUACGGUCCUAGAGAGGUGAAUGUCAAAAACACAUCUAGAUUCGAUCGCGCCAUCAUCAAUUGUGAAUACUUCAUGGCCAGGUUCUCAACCAACGAACAUAGAAAAAGAUCAAAAGGCGAUCGGCGCUCUACUGAAAUAUCUCUCAUCAUCAAACAAACAUUUGAAGCCGCCAUUCUUACCUAUCUGUAUCCAAACCGUCAAAUAGACAUCUUUGUUCAAGUUGUUCAAGCUGACGGAGGAACGCGCUGCGCCGGCAUCAAUGCAGCAACUCUCGCCCUCAUAGAUGCAGGCAUCCCUAUCAGCGAUUUCGUGGUUGCCUGCGCUGCUGGCUGCCAUGAAGAAACGCCUAUUUUAGACUUGAACUAUUUCGAGGACUCUUCCAGCUCCCCGGACGUUCCUGUCGCCAUAUUUCCAAAGUCCGGCAAGGUCAUCGUUGUACAAAUGGAUUCCAAGCUACCGCUUUCCACGUUUGAAAAAGUCAUGGACACUGCAAUAGACGGAUGCUAUAAAAUAUACGCAAUCAUGACAGAAAUCGUGAUGCAAUACAACCUAGAUUUAUUAGAUUCUAGAGGAUGCUUUAUUAAAUAAA